CCCCGGGACAAAAACAACCUGUCCACCCUGGACCUCAUCAAACCCCUGACCUGCUGGGACAGGAAGGACCCGGCCACCCUGGAACACAUCAAGCCAUGCUGGUACUGGGACAAAAAGGACUUGGCUCACAGUCCAUCCCAGUCGGACGGACUGGACCCUGCCAUUGAGGCCCGGUACCGCAGAGAGGGGGCUCGGUUCAUAUUUGAUGUGGGCACACGGCUCGGGCUGCAUUAUGACACUCUGGCUACUGGAAUUGUUUAUUUCCACCGCUUCUACAUGUUCCAUUCCUUCAAACAGUUUCCUAGAUAUGUGACAGGAGGAUGCUGCCUUUUCCUGGCAGGCAAAGUGGAGGAAACUCCAAAGAAGUGCAAAGAUAUCAUCAAGACAGCUCGCGGCCUGCUUAACGACGUCCAAUUUGCACAGUUUGGAGACGAUCCCAAGGAGGAGGUGAUGGUGUUGGAGCGCAUUCUGCUGCAGACCAUCAAGUUCGACCUGCAGGUGGAGCAUCCCUACCAGUUCCUGCUGCGCUAUGCCAAACAACUCAAAGGUGACAAGAACAAGGUGCAGAAGCUGGUUCAGAUGGCCUGGACCUUUGUGAAUGACAGCCUCUGCACCAUGGUGGCCCUGCAGUGGGAGCCACAGAUCAUAGCUGUGGCUGUCAUGUAUCUCGCUGGGCGUCUCUGUAAGUUUGACAUCCAGGACUGGACGUCCAAGCAGCUGUCCCGGCGCUGGUGGGAGCAGUUUGUCCAUGACGUUCCUGUGGAGGUGCUGGAAGAUAUCUGCCACCAGAUCCUGGAUUUGUAUUCUCAGGCCAAGCAGCAGAUACCUGAUGGUGGGAUAGGGACUGGUGAAACCCCCCCACCACCUUCCAUCCUACCUCCCACUGCCCCACCGCCAAACAAGAAGGCCUCCCCUCAGACCAGCCCCAGACCACCCAGGCUAGCCCAGACCUCUUCCAAAGAGGACAGCAUGGCCACUAGGCUCACAAAUCUAGAACCUCCACCUCCUCCCCCUCCUCCACCUGCCCCUCCCCAAGCCUCCACAACUACAGUGUGCCAGGUUGCCGAGGAGAAUGUGCAACAUGGAUCAACAUUCACUGCAUCUUUCUUUUCUCCCACAGACCAUAAACCCCCCUCCCCCUAUCCACCGGCUCCAGAUCUCCCAUCUAAACCACCCCCUCCGCCCGUAACUCAUUUCACACCUCCACCACCUCCUCCACCCCUGGACCUCCCCACCUCCAGCUCGCUGCUGUCCAGUGAAGGCUACCAGAAGCUCCAGUCCAUGAUGAAGACAGAGGGCUCCUGUUACCCCACUGUUCCUCAGGCCUGUGCUACACUGCUGGGUUACCAGAACUACCCACCAAGCACCACAUCCUACCACACCCCCCCACUCUCAGGCUACAGUUACCUGCUUGCACCUCCACCUUCGGUCAUGGGGAUGGCUCCUAGUUUAAACAGUGGGUACCCACCUCCACCAACUGCUGGACACAAUCAGCUCCCCCCUCCACUGCCACCUGGGAUUCCCCCCAUCAGCAGUCUGAGUCGGGGUACAUGGAUGAGAUGAAUACUAUAAAGACAGCAGAAGGUUAAGAAAAGGCCAGAGAAAUGUUUUUAAAUAGUUCUGAUGGACAUAAAAUCACUACAUUAGGCAACUGUAAUCAUUUGAACAUUUUCAUCCUUCAAGAAAAAAGUUGUUUUCAGCUCUUCUUUACACAGUGAUAUGAAGCAGCUUACAAUAGGAAAGAAAGUUUGAGCCACUUUCUGUUCUGAAUUCUGAUAAUACAUCCUUUUACACAAAUCUGAAAAGUUCACAUAGGCUUUACUUGACAAGGCAGUAUUAACCAAGACAUGGAGGAUUGUCUCCCCACACAAAAAUGUCUUCCCACACAACAUAUUAUGUCACUUUUUAUUUUAAACUGUGUUCACACUGUUGCAUCUCAUGCUCGGAUAAUCUCUGUUGUUGUGUUUUAUUGUUGUUGAGAUGUCUCUAUUAAUAUCUCUAUUGUUACCUCUUAUUGAUGUCCUAUUUAAAUGUUGAUAGGAAGACAAUUGUGGUUGUUCAUAGCACAAAUAAUUCCAUUCUUUUUUAAAUCUUUUUUAUGAGCCUAUCAAGGACAACAAAGCACUGUAAAGGGCAGCUUUUUUUCCCCAUCAGUUGUACAUUGUUCAGCACAUUAUGUUAUGUUUCUGUGAAAAAUGCUUUUGCACUUAACACACAUUUUUCCUUUGUUUAUAUCCUUUCAGGAAUUUAAAGUAGGUUGGUGCCAAAUAAAAUUGGUUUGUAUGUAA